UCCGGUCGACCCCAAGAGUUUCCGGUUUCGGGUUUCUCGGCGGGCGAGAAGGGCCGUUGCGGCCCAGGAGCAGGGCCAUGGAUAAGCUUCGGCGAGUCCUGAGCGGCCAGGACGACGAGGAGCAGGGCCUGACUGCACAGGUCCUGGACGCCUCGUCCCUCAGUUUCAACACCAGGCUGAAAUGGUUUGCCAUAUGCUUCGCCAGUGGCAUCGUCUUCUCUAUUCUUGGAACUGGAUUACUGUGGCUUCCUGGUGGCAUAAAGCUUUUUGCAGUGUUUUAUACCCUUGGAAAUAUUGCUGCCUUAGCCAGUACAUGCUUUUUAAUGGGACCCGUGAAACAACUGAAGAAAAUGUUUGAAACAACGAGAUUGCUUGCAACGAUUGUUAUGCUGUUGUGUUUCAUACUUACCCUGUGCGCUGCUCUUUGGUGGCAUAAGAAGGGGCUGGCCUUAUUAUUCUGCAUAUUGCAGUUCUUGUCAAUGACCUGGUAUAGUCUGUCGUACAUCCCGUAUGCAAGGGAUGCAGUAAUUAAAUGCUGUUCUUCUUUGCUGAGUUAAAAUCAGAAACUCUUUGAAAAGACCAUUUGAAAGCUGAUGUUCUGUUUUUGGUGAAGUAUACUUUUCCUGAUACAGUAAUCACUCCAAAAAAACAACUGCACUGACCAUUUAAGACCAUUUUGUAUACUGAUAAAAACUACAUGCUAAUUAAACUGUUAAAUGCUUGUGAUGUUAAAUUCAUUUUGUGUCAUUAAGAUGCUCUUCCAGAGAUAAGGAGAUUUUAAUCAUUGCCACUUGUAAAUGAUUUUUAGCCAGUUUUUUAAAUCUUUUCUAAACAGCAUCUGAGAUGUGUAUAUUUAAGGGUAAACCUAUGCUGCAAGAUAUAUUCAGCUUUUUUGGUGGUUUUAAAAUGUCUACAUUUUAAAAAUAUCUUAUUAAAAUAAAAACUUUAAAUGUGAAAUUUUUUAUAAGCUAAAAAUUGCUAAUUAUAUGUAAUAAAAAUAAUAUAUAAAUCUUUAUAAUUUUGAAAUAAACCCACACUUGGGAAAAACA